AAUCCCCCACAUCCACUCCCAUACCUCAGCGACAGCGCGUUAAGCAUAGCGGCCGGAAACAGUCUACAGCUCCACGUCCAAAGCCCGACGCGAUCGCGGCUAAUUCUUUGUUAACAUUCCAUUUGGAACCUGCAGUUUCCCCCAGUCGCAAUCUUCCCGCAGGGUAUGCUGCUUGGUUGGGCAUGCGCCUUGCUCGCAUGACCUGAGCGACACUUGGGCUCCGCCAUGGACUCCCAAAAUGGCGUCGCCGGCUCAGCUGGAGAGGAGGCAAGCGCAGUCGUUUUGAAGAUUGUGAAGGAGAGAUCUCGAAAAUGUCGGGCAAUCAAUGAGCGCAAACGCCCUCUGACUCUGCUCGAACUCCCUGUCGACAUCCUGCAGCUGAUCGCAAAAGAGAUAACGCAUACAAAUGACCUGACAGCCCUGGCUCUGACCAACACGGCUCUGUAUAACAUCGCCAUUCCGCUCAUCUACUCUCGCUUUGACAUCGUAUGGCCAGACGGGCAGCUUGAGGCUACCGAUUCCAAGAGCGUCGAUGCUCUUACUUACGGUUUGUCCACCCUCUGCCUGGGGAGCGCAUUUGCGCGCACUGUGCGCAAGCGCUUCGGUCCAAACUCGCAGCAGCCGUGCAAGCUCGGCGACAACGACUAUGCCAAGUACACCAAAAAGUUCUCCCUGGGGAAUGGGCCGAAGGACUGGGUGGCCGAGUACAUGAUUUCAAAAGAGAGCGGCAAGAUGCUUGGUACACUCGUGGCCAGCGCCGUUGCGAGGAUGAGGAACCUCGAGACUUUCGUCUGGGAUAUGCCCACAGGCGUGCUCUCUCGAGUAUUCGAGUCCCUGGCGUCGUUAGGCGACCAGCCAGAUAACGAGUGCAAGCUGAGCCGCGUAUGGGUGCGAUGGCACGACAAUUCCGAGAACUCCGAAAAGUCGGUGCCGUCGAAUCCCAACAAUAUCCCGAACGGCACUGCACUUGUUCCUCCCGGCAGCCAGCUUACCCCCGUGGGGAUUAUGCUCCCGCCAAAUGCGAGCCAUCCGCCUCCGCGGCCUCCAGUGCGGUACUCAGAGUAUCAUUGUGAAUACCCCACCUUUAGUGUUUUGCCUCCGCUCAAAAGCCUGAGCGUCUUGGACAUCGACGAGAUCGGCUACCUGGACGAAAUGGCGGUGCUCAUCGAGCGCUCGAAGGAUACCCUCCGGGAACUCAGGGUAAGCAUUUCGCCCAAGGCGGCGGGCAAGGCCUUUGCACAAACUUGGGAUGGCCCUGGUCUGAAGCAGGUAGAUCACCGGGCACGCUGGCCGGGGGAGAGCACGAUCGGUGAUAGGCGUCUAGGCGGCGUGCUCGGCGUGCUGGUUGGCAGGAUAUACGACAUCCGGAAACGUAAAUCCAAGGAGAAGCCGGCCACGGCUGCUUCCGUCGCCGAGGGCAGCCCUUCGUCAGCUAUACCGGCUCAUAAUCAGGUGAACGGAGCCUCGUCGUCAUCCUCCAAGGAUGAAGCAGACAUCCAAAAGGAUGAUGACGCUGGAACGCCCUCGCAAAACGGUGUGUCGACAAGGGGUCCAAGCAAGGCGUCGAAGACUAACCAGCCCAACGGCUGUGGCAGGAAGAGGCUCGAGGGGAAGCUGAAGCUCCAAACUUUGGAGCUCGAACGGGUCGCUCUGUCGCUGCAAGUCUGCAGAUAUGCCAUCGACUGGUCUGUAUUGACGGACCUUACGCUGCUUGACUGCGCCCAACAUGAUAACCUCUGGAAGAUGCUGCGCAAACAGUUUCAACCUACGCCCUUUGGCACAACCCCUGGCAGCUCGUCCCGCGACAAACCGUUCCCUCCAGAUACCCCUCUACAGUACCACCUCGCACUCAAGGCUAUUCACGCAGACAUGGCUCCGCCCUCUCUGGUCACGCUUAUCAAGGAAACCCUUGCCCCGAACUCGCUCGAGGUCCUGUUCUUACAGGAUCGUAAGCGGGCGAGUCCCCCGAUACCUCUCGAUACCAUCUUCAAGGGGGCCAUCAAAAGACACUCUGCAAGCUUGCGUAAGCUGCUCCUGGAUAGCUCUUCCAAGCUGGCCGUCGAGAGCACCCGCUGGCGCCAGUGGGCUCUCACGACAGAUGUCAUGCAGUAUAUCACGAGCGGCCGGAUGGCCAACCUGCGCGAACUGGCCGUCUCGGUGGAGUACAAAGAUUGGCACCCUUUCCUGCAACGCCUACGCAACGCGCCCCAGCUCCGCUCCAUCAAUAUUCCCCACUUGGCCGACUACCCCUCCCCGCCCGAGUGUCCGCAAGGCUGGUUCGAUCCAAAGGAGCUUGCUAGUCAGAUUGUGGACAUCAUUACCCUCUGUCCUGAAAUCCGCCUAUGCUAUAUCGGUAUCGGCUCGAAGUGCUUCGAGCUACUUGAGUCACGCGAGGCUGGCACCGGUGGCAGUUCCACCGGCAACGGGGCCGGUAGCAGCGGUGCGACGACGCCGAUUACGCCGACCUUGCCGAAUGCAAUUGGCAGUGUGGCGAAUGGGGUUGUUGCGAAUGGUGGUGGUGCUGACAUAGAAGAUGCUGCGGAUCUUUCCGAGGAGCUAGAGUGGGACAGUGACUCCAACGACGAACCGCAUGCCGAGAACGGCGGGGGUGCCGACGGCGAGGCGGAGGACGCGUUUAGCGACAGUGAGGACCAUGAGGGUACACCGUCGACGGAUGCCGACGAGCAUAGUGAGACACAAAGUAAUGGCGAGCCCGAUGCUGCUAUGGAAGCCGAGGCCGGAGCAGAAGCGGGCGAGGAGCAGGAUGAGGAAGAUGACGAAGAGGAGGAGCAGGAGGAGGAGGAGAGUGAUGGUGGAACUGAGGAUGAGGAAGAUGACGGGUUUGUCGAGCCGGGGAAGGGGGGGAUCAAGCUGAAGUUGAGGGAGAUCCUCUUUUAUGAUGACAAGGUCGCUAUUUUCAGGGCUAGGCAUGGGAGACUGUAAUGGGGGAGGCUUCGGGAAGAGGCUUUUCGGUUUGGCUCAGGCAGGGACUUUGCUUUUGGCGCUCAGUGAGACGGAAUGAAUGCGGGGACAGCGGGGACAGCGGAUAGCGAUCAUACCAUAUCAUACAACUAGCUGGCUUUUCAUACCGUUCCGAAGCUGCAUCCUUUGAUGCAACAUUCAUGUUGG